AUGGCAUUCACAAGAAGCGGACGCUUUAUGGACAAUUGUAGCACAACACGGCAACAAUAUAAUUGGAAUCCAAUAUCCGGUUAUAAAGAUCGGGCUCUUAAGUCAUUAAAAGAAGCUGUAGCGAGUAUCACUCCAUUCGUCGACAAAGUCAUGCAGUAUGCAGAGGAUGCUAAACAAAAAUGUAACAGAAAUACAAAACUGACAAUAAAUGAAUCGGCAGCAAUCUAUCUUUACACAAUGCCAAACACAUCUUUCUAUGAGAAACUCAACGAAGCUCUUCGAAUUGAAGAUCCACUGGCGCUGGCACCCUGGUUCGACUUUCUAAAACUAUUCAUUACCGCUCUAGGGAAAUUACCGGAAUUACCAUCGCGUUCGACUACAGUAUGGCGAGGUGUUGCACAAAUUAGUUGCUCUGAUUUCCGUGACAAGGAUAUGUUCACCUGGUGGAGUGUGAAUUCAUGCUCGUUAGAUACCAAUGUCGCUGCAAUGUUUUCAUGCGAGAAGGGCACCCUGUUUUGCAUUCAUACUAUUAAUGGCAAAGAUAUUAGCGAUUACUCGUCAGCGAAUAAAGGGGAAGUAGGAGAGAAAGAAAUCGUUCUUAUGCCUGGAACUCGCUUACGCGUCAAAUCCAAUACGUUUGGUAUUAAUGAUUUUCGUGUCGUUCAUUUGGAAGAAUGUACUCCAAUUCCUGAAGGAAAACAUGUCAUGAUAUCCUAUGAUUCGAAUAGUCAAGAAAUUGUAUCUAAAAUUUAUCAUUAUCUACAACUCGAACAUAUACCACUUUGGCUCAAUAAACAAAAAGAAACGACGAAUGAUCUAAAGAAAAGUUUGGCUGAAGGAGUAGAAAAGGCGUCAGUCGUUUGUUGUUUCGUGACUCCGAAUUAUGAAAAAUCUGACUUUUGUCAACUCGAAUUACAGUAUGCACAGAAGCGGCAAAAACGAAUCAUUCCAUGUAUGCUCACAGAUAUAAAUGUAUCGAAACCUUCCAAUUGGUUAGAGCCUAUAAUUAAAAAUGUAGAAUCGAUCGACUUUCGCAACGUUUCCGAAUCAUCAUCCAUGCAAACAAAGGUAUGGGAACUUAUUGAUCGAAUAGAAGACCAGCCUCCAACACCUCAAUAUACACCGUCACAAGUGGUUGACCGACUAAAUUAUCUAUUUGAACUGAUUAAAUAUGGAUAUAAGCAAAAUAGUCGCAUUGAACGUUUCAUGAAUCCAGUCAAAUCUUUUCCGAUCGACCAAAGUUACAUUAAUUUGGCCAUAGUAGAAACUAUAGAUCAGCAUGAAAAAGAAAAGAAGCUUCGUGAUUCUCAGCACAACGAUGCGAUUAUGGAAGCGUUUGAAAAUAUCCAUGGCACCAAGACUCCAAUAGAUGUCAAAGACAUUUUCAAAACAUGCAAGGAUCAAACAAGGAAUGUGCUCGUAUUCGGCCGAGCUGGCAUUGGAAAAUCAAGAUUUUGUCAAUACAUCGCCCACCAAUGGGCGACUGGAAUGAUUUGGCCUGAAUACGACCUGAUUGCUUUGAUUCCAUUGCAUUCCUUGACAACAGACCGUUAUCCUAUAUUACCAGCUGGCAUCAACUAUUCUCUAAUAGACGUUCUGAGAAAAGAGUGCAUUUCUUUCGAUCAAUAUCUAUCAGAAGAAGAUGAAACACAAUUGCAAGAACAGUUUCAUAAAAGUCGCAUUCUUUGGCUUUUAGAUGGUUAUGAUGAAAUGGUAGGUUAUCCUUUACCCUGA